UGAGGUUAAUAGCUGAGUUUCCCUGCCAGUCAGUCAGAACUGAAGAAGUCCUUUGGAUAAGGGACGAAACGUCUUCCAGUAGCUUCAACCAAGUCCAGUUGCCCUUCAUUUUAACCUUCGUUGGAUCCUCAGCAGUUAGUUCAGCGUCGUCAUGGCUUCUCCUUCCUAGUGUCCUCUACUAUCACUGGUACAAAUAUCAUAAGGUUUUACUAUACCACCUAUGAGAUAUUGCACUCUAAAAACCCCAACAGUAAAAUGUGAACAUGUUAACAUUUUCUGUGAACUUUGAGCUUUACCAAAAUAGGUCCUUAAUAGGUGACACCACCAAUUUCAUAUCUUCUGCUUCAUACUGUCUACUACUAUCACUGGUACAUAUAUCAGAACAUUUUACUGUACUAACUUGGAGAAAUUACACUCUAAAAACCCCUCCGACAGCGAACACUAAAUAGACAUUUAACAUUUCUGUGAACUUUGACCUUUGACCAAAAUAGUUCCUUAAUAGGUGACACCAGGGCCGUUAAAUAAGAGAGUUACGACACUCCCAUUAACUUCUGUUGGAACUGUGGAAUGUGGACGUAACACGCUUCAUGGGGCAGCCGAUAGUUCCAAACACUGAAUAGUUCCAGCGCUGAGCCCCGUUCAUUUCAGUGUUUCUGAAGUACGCUGCCUGCAGGACUGAUUCUGAGCGGAGAGUGGAACGAUGACCAGGCUGAUGGAGCUUGCAGAAAUGUCUGUCAGACAUCACAUUCAAGGAAAACCUUGUAUGUUUUGCACUAUUUACCAAAACUUCUUUCUUGACUUAAACUAAACAGCUUCUGGCAUUCAUUGAUAUUUACUUGUUGUGCAUGUGUAUGUGAAUGUGUCUUAACAUAACAUAAGAAUUUCAGUAAUUAUGACAAUAGAAGCAUGAGAAAAAAAUAUAUCCAUACUGUAAUGUAUUAUACCUUAUGGGAGCAGCCCCCCUUCUCUCCAAUAUUAAAAAAAUGUAAUUAAAUUUAAAGGGCUUUAUUGGCAUGAAGGUUUCAAGAACAGUGUUUCCAAAGAAUCAAAAUACAAUUUGUCAAUACACAUAGUAUACAGUAAGUUAAAAAUGGACAUGUUAUUAGUUAUAAAACAAAAUUUAAGUUUGGUGGAACUUGUGGAUUUUGUAAGGCAUAUCAUCAGGUGAUUAAACAAACAAAACAGGUGCUAAUGAUCAUACAUACAAUAUGUAGGUGGAAACAGGAUGAUUGAGUGAAACAGCCUAACUCAGUUUACAAGGUAAGAGAAGACAGUUUACUGGCAAGAGAAAGCACAGCAGCCAGACAUAAGGUAGAGCUACUGCAUAAGCAAGGUCUCUCCCAGGCAGCAGCCGGUGUGGACUGAUCAGUCAAAAUGUGUCUGUGUUCUGUUUAAUAGUUUAGCCUAUGUCUGGGGAAGGGUGAAAGGGUACAUUAGCCAUACUGAAAUGAAUCCCCAGUUAACAGUAAUGUUAUGGAUUGUAUUUAGGAGUGUAGUUAAUUCAUUCAGUAACCAUCUCUCUAGUUACAUUUCAACAGACCACACUGUGAAUGCUGUCUGUCCAUCACUCCCAGGAUAGAAUACACUAACUAUAAGUGUAGUCAACAUAGUAAUCAAUGCACAUUAUGCAUUAAUAUUGACCGAAAAUUGCUGCAAAUUAAGUCGCUGCUGUAAAUGUGUAAUGUUACCUUAUGGGAACAGCCCCUUUUCCUUCCAAAAUUAAACAGAAAAACUGAUUAAAUCUGUGUCUAUGUAUGUAAUGUAAGUGUCAACUCAGUAAUGAGAAUCAUAUUUUGUUAAUAUUUACCGAUAAUUGCUGUAAAUAUAGCUGCUUCUGGUGUCCGUCCCGCCUAAACCCAUUCAAACUGGUUGACAGCGCUGAGUCAUUUGGAACUAUGGAGAGCUACAUGAACCACGUGACGAGAUCAAAGAGUGUCGUAACUCUCUUAUUUAACAGCCCUGGGUGACACCACCUAUUUCAUAUCUUCUGCUUCAUAGUGUCCUCUACUAUAACUGGUAUAUAUAUUAUAAAAAAUUGGAGAAAUGAUACUACGAUUUGAGCGCUAAGACUUGAGACUUGACUUGGACUUGUAAAACGGUGACUUGGUCCCACCUCUGGUAAAAGAUCAAUGUUCACAGAAAUUAUAAUUGUCUGUUGAAUUUUCGCUGUUGGAGGAAUUUUUAGAGUGGAAUAUCUCAUAGCUCGUACAGUAAAACCUUCUGAUAUUUGUACCAGUGAUAGUAGAGGACACUAGUAAGGAGAAGCCAUGACAAUGCUGAACUAACUGCUGAGGAAUUAUGCUGGUGAAAGGUCAAAUUUCAUAUAAUUAUAAAGAAAAGGUACCUUUUGUAUUUGCAUCAAUAACAAAUAAUAAUAAAUUGUACUACUAUUAUCAUUAUUGUUAUUAGUAAUAUUAUUAUAUUUAUGUUGUAUGUAUUUGUGCUCAUAUAAUCACUAAGAGCAUCACAAAAAAAUACGUAUGUAUCUUUCAGGACCUUCGGCUCACUCUCACCUCGUUCUUACCAUAAUAACACUGCUUUAGGCGCAACAGAAAUCAGACGGCGGCUGGCCUGACCACGGUUUCGCAUUCGGCGGCUCGCGUUACCGCAGUCAUUAAUGUCUAUGUUGCAUUUCACUGCUGUAGUUCUGUAAGGUUGUGUUAAUUUCAUUUUAAACUGUUGGGUAGUUUAAUCUUUAGUAAUGCAUCAUAUUCUAAGAUAAUUAGAGCCUAUGUGUGAACCAAACCAUGUAGCCUAUCUCUAAAAAGUCAACUUUUCAUGAUCUCAAUAAAACAGCUCUGUUUUUAGCUUUGUGACUAUGCUUUUUUCAAAAAAUUUGGAUAGGCUAUGCAUGGUUUUCACUGAAAAUUAAAAAAGUAACUAGUGACUUAAGCUGUCAGACAAAUGUAGUCGAGAAAAUAGUACAAUAAUUCCCUCUGAAAUGAAGUGGAGUAGAAGUAUAAAGUUGCAUAAAAUUGGAAAUACUCAAAGUACCUCGAAUUUAUGUAAAUGUAUCUGGUUUACCGGAGUGACUGUGCGAAGCAAUGCUGAUAAAAAAUAGGCUACUACAUUUGAUAAAAUAAGGCAAAAUGUAGCACAGUAUUUGAUCAUGCUCAAAGUACCUUGGUUAUGCCAACACUGCAGAUCGAUUUUUCAUGCCCAAGAGUAAAGUUUGUUUUUAGCCUACAAAUUUAAGUAUACCUUACUACAAAUUUGAAUGCAGUCGGUUCAAUUUAACACAUCUUAUGUACCAAUUCGGAAUACAAAAAGUUGCCAAAUUGCUUAAGUGUAGUUUUAUCAGCUUAUUUGUCACUCUACAAUCUGCUGGAACAGUUACGUAGAGUUGUGCCACUGAACAGUAGUGUAAUUCAUAAACUAAUACAGUAUGUCCCAGAGGAGCAUUCAAAUCUGACUUUCUUUCAGUUCUCACUACCAAUGAGAUAUGGCUUCAGAGUGUACAGCAAGCUGAACAAAAGUGGAUUUAUAGAUAGAAAAGCUUCACUCUCGCACUGCUAAUGCUGUCAUCUUCAGGUUCCCGUUUGGGUAUUAAUGAUGUCUGACAUCAAAGGAAAGAAGUACAGACGUGCAAUACGAAGGCUGUUUCUCUGGGUUUCAUUGAUCAACUUCAUGCUGGUGCUGUACUGCUUGACAAAACCAAUCCAAUUGAAGAUAAGGGGCUCCCAGGAAGACACGUGUCCUCUCAGUAAAGGCAGACCAUUGAAGAAAAAUUUGAGCAUGCCUUCUCAAAGCACAAAUUCCCAGUCAGAAGAGUGUUCCCCCAGAGUGAACCUCAUGUUCAUGAAGACCCAUAAAACUGCUAGUAGCACCGUACUAAACAUCCUCUUCAGAUUUGGAGAAAAGCACAAGCUUAAAUUUGCCUUCCCUGAUGGGCGCAAUGACUUUUUCUACCCAUCGCCUUUCUUGUGCUCCAAGGUGAGGGACUACAGGCCUGGAGACUGUUUCAACAUAGUUUGUAACCACAUGCGCUUUGACCAUCAGGAAGUAGCCAAGGUUCUGCCUCCAGAUGCCGCGUACUUCACCAUCUUACGUAACCCAGUGGAUCUCUUUGAGUCAUCCUUCCAUUAUUAUCAGAGAGAUGUUCCUCUCACAUGGAGGAUUGAUGGAGGGAACAAAGUGGUGAAGUUUCUGAACAAUCCUCAGUCCUUCUACAGCCCACAGGCGUACAACUCAUUCUAUCUUAAAAAUUUGCUCUUUUUUGACUUUGGUUUUGAUAACAACCUGGAGGCUGAUGAUCCUCUUGUAAUGAUGAAUAUUCACAGCUUAUCCAAACAAUUUGAUCUGGUUCUCAUAGCAGAAUAUUUUGAUGAGUCUCUUAUCCUGCUUAAGGAAACACUCUGUUGGACCAUGGAGGACAUCCUGUAUUUUAAACUAAAUGCUCGCAAGAGCUCAUCCAUAUCUCGACUGACCCCUGAGUUGAGAGCCAAAGCUUUACAGUGGAACGGGGCUGACUGGAGACUUUAUCAGCACUUUAAUGCUACCUUCUGGGCCAGGGUAGAGGAGUUUGGGAGAGAAAGAAUGAAACGGGAGGUGAAAGAGCUAAAGAGAAGAAAUGCUGAGAUGAAGGUCAUCUGUAUUGAGGAUGGAGGUGCAGUCGAAGCCCGAAAGAUUCGGGACAGACAUUUUCUGCCUUGGCAGCCGCUUGGAGAGUCAUCCAUCCUGGGAUACAACAUAAAGAAAGACAUUGAUCCCAAAUUCAGGACAGUUUGUCAAAAAAUGCUCACACCUGAAAUACAAUACUUAUCGGACCUUGGCGUUAGCGUGUGGCUUACUAGACUAUGGGGUUGGUUUAAAGAUACUGUUUUGUAUCCAAUUUGACUUGGAUUAAGACAUUUACAGCUAUGUUGUCCUCUUAUUUUUGGAACAUUUUCUUUUCUUUUCAAUGAUGCAUCCAUAUUGUUAAUUCAGGUUUGUCACAUAGAAGCUGAAUCUCCCAGAUACCCCAGUUUACCAUUCCCAAAUAGACCUACAGAUGUUUCACAGUUAUCAUAGAUACGUCUUCUCUUUUGGCUGUUAAUUGCUUCUCAAAUUUUGCUGUAUUUCAAAAUUUUGCACUACUAAAAAAUGCCAACCCUUUGGGUGUACACUCAAACAAAAUGGGUUCAGGCUGAAAGUGUGAACAGUAAAAAUCUGCAAUGUUUUUGUACCUGAAUUAUUCAAAUUCUGCUGUUGACACUCCCCUCCCUGGUAAGAUUUACAUAGUCAAUGUUUCAGCAAUAUUGAGCAAAGCUUAUUUGAUAGGUCAUCAAAUGCAGCACAAAUGUUUUUGGCCCAAGUUAUAUGUAUGUUUCGGGAGAACAUAAAAUAACAUAGUUGUAGUGGA